UCUGACUUGUAUAAAAGACUAAUGGCGGAUACAUUUACACUUUUCACCUCCAUUGGGCUCAGUGAGCAGAAAGCGAAAGAAACUUUGAAAAAUGAAACGCUAAGUUCAGCCCUUAAAGACGCAAUUAUUCAGGCACAGCGUAUCCAUGGGGCCUCUGGAGUGGACAAAGCAAUGGGCACGCUACUGUACAGUAUGGUUUCUCGCCUUAAAGACAUCAAACGCCUGGCAUUUCUGACGGACAGCAUUGCCCAACGCAAAGUCUGCACAGAGCUCCAGCUGGCUGCUGCUUUAGACUUUGUGAAGAGUCACCCUCAAGACCCCAUCAGCCAAAAAGAGUUUGAUGAAGUAUGUGGAGUGGGCAUAGUCAUAACACCAGAGCAGAUCGAGGAGGCAGUAGAGUCCGUGGUCAAGAAACACAAGGAACAGCUGUUGAUGGAGAGAUACCGCUUCAACAUGGGACUCCUAAUGGGUGAAGCCCGUUCAGCUCUGAAGUGGGCUGAUGGAAAGGUGAUCAAAAAUGAGGUGGACAUGCAGGUUCUGCACCUCUUAGGGCCCAAAACGGAAGCUGACCUGGAGAAGAAACCAAAGCCGCAGAAGGCGAAAGUUGCAGAAAACGAUGUCAAGGCAAAGAAAGAGGAGGUGGCAGUGAAUGGCGACAUUGCGUCUGGGGAGGGGAAGUCUCUAAUGGAGCAGCUCAGAGGAGAAGCUCUGAAGUUUCAUAAACCAGGAGAGAAUUACACAACUGAAGGUUAUGUGGUUACGCCAAAAACAAUGGAGCUUCUGAAGAAGCAUACAGAAAUCACUGGGGGACAGAUUCGCACCCGUUUUCCUCCUGAGCCCAAUGGCAUCCUUCACAUCGGACAUGCCAAAGCCAUAAAUUUCAACUUUGGUUAUGCAAAGGCAAACAAUGGAAUUUGUUUCCUGAGGUAUGAUGAUACGAACCCUGAGAAGGAAGAGGAGAAGUACUUCACUGCUAUCAGGGACAUGGUGGAAUGGCUGGGCUACAAACCAUUCGCUGUCACUCAUGCGUCAGACAACUUUCAGAAGCUCUAUUUACUUGCUGUGGAUCUCAUCCGCAGGGGUCUUGCAUAUGUGUGCCACCAGAGGGGCGAGGAGCUGAAGGGCCAUAAUGUCCCUCCAUCCCCGUGGAGAGACCGACCCGUUGAAGAGUCACUGGUGUUGUUUGAGAGGAUGAAAAAGGGUCUGUUUGCUGAGGGAGAGGCCACACUCAGGAUGAAGAUGGUCAUGGAGGAUGGGAAGAUGGACCCUGUGGCGUAUCGAAUCAAAUACACAGCUCACCAUCGAACUGGAGAUGAAUGGUGCAUAUACCCCACUUAUGACUACACCCACUGUCUGUGUGACUCUAUAGAAAACAUCACACAUUCACUGUGUACCAAAGAGUUUCAAGCCAGGCGCUCUUCGUAUUACUGGCUGUGCAACGCCCUGGACGUGUACUGCCCCGUUCAGUGGGAAUAUGGCCGCUUGAACCUCACGUACACCGUUGUGUCCAAGAGAAAAAUAAUCAAACUGGUUGAGACGGGUGUUGUCAGAGACUGGGAUGAUCCCAGACUCUUCACUCUUACUGCACUGAGGAGAAGAGGGUUCCCUCCUGAAGCCAUCAAUAACUUCUGUGCACGGGUGGGGGUGACAGUUUCCCAAACGACUACAGAGCCCCACCUGCUGGAGUCCUGUGUGAGGGAUGUGCUGAAUGACGCGGCUCCUCGGGCCAUGGCUGUGCUGGAGCCUCUUAAAGUCACCAUAACCAACCUCUCUGAGAGCACAAAGUUGGAUGUACGGGUUCCAGACUUUCCUGCCAAUGAGGCCAAGGGCAGCCACACGGUUCCGUUUACACGAACAAUUUUCAUUGAACAGACCGACUUCAGAGAGGUGAUGGAGAAAGGCUACAAGCGUCUGACUCCAGAGCAGCCAGUGGGCCUGAGACAUGCUGGGUAUGUCAUUUCUGUCCAGAAGGUCAUCAAAGACUCUCAGGGUAAAGUGGUGGAGCUGGAGGUGACCUGCUGCAGCUCUGACACUGCAGAGAAACCAAAGGCCUUCAUCCACUGGGUCAGUCAGCCGCUGAUGUGCGAAGUGCGUCUUUAUGAAAGGCUAUUCCAGCACAAACAUCCGGAGGAUCCAUCUGAAGUGCCCAAUGGCUUCCUGAGUGACAUUAACCCUGAUUCCCUCCAGGUGAUCAGCAGUGCCUUAGUGGAUACCUCAGUCAAGGGAGCAAAAGUGUUUGACAAAUUUCAGUUUGAGAGAGUCGGAUACUUCUCCCUGGACCCCGACAGCUCCGCCAACAAGCUCAUCUUCAACAGAACAGUCACCCUCAAAGAAGACCCUGGGAAGAUCUGA